UUGAAAGGAAUCGUUUCCCUCAGCACCAGUCUCUCCCAGCUUUCAUCUUUCAGGGUGUCUGUAAUAUAAACAUGAACCGGCUUUUCGGUAGAAGCAAGCACCAGGCGCCUCCCAGCCUUUCGGACUGUAUCGGAAAUAUCGAUGCACGAGCCGAGGUGAUGGAGAAGAAGAUAGCGAGGAUCGAUGCCGAGCUCCUCAAAUACAAGGACCAGAUGAAAAAGACGAGGGACGGCCCGGCCAAGAAUGCAGUGAAACAGAAGGCAAUGAGAGUGCUCAAGCAGAAGAGGCUAUAUGAAAGCCAAAGAGAUCAGCUUGCCCAGCAGUCCUUUAACAUGGAACAGGCCAACUACACCAUUCAGUCCUUAAAGGACACCAAAACAACAGUUGAAGCUAUGAAGAUUGGAGCGAAAGAAAUGAAAAAAUCCUAUAAGCAAGUGAAGAUGGAUCAAAUUGAAGACUUACAGGACCAGCUUGAGGACAUGAUGGAGGAAGCCAGUGAAGUGCAGGAGGCUCUGAGUCGCAGCUAUGGUACACCAGACAUCGAUGAGGAUGAACUAGAAGCCGAACUGGAUGCCCUCGGAGAUGAGUUACUGUUUGACGACGACAGCUCCUAUCUGGACGAAGCCUCGUCUGCACCCUCCAUCCCAGAGGGCGUGCCCAGUGACAGCAAAACAAACAAGGAUGGCGUUCUGGUCGACGAGUUUGGAUUGCCGCAGAUUCCAGCCACAUAGACUGAGAUGAACACUGCAGGAUCUUGUUUCGUGACUGAAGAUCAUUUCAGUAUUUUUGGACAUGUGGCAUUCAGGUGUGAUUUGACAAGGGAAUGCUUACCUAAUGAGUUAAUGAAGCUUUUGCUAAUCAAGCACGUGGCCUUGUAAUUCUCUGUUUCCAUUAAUAUAUUGUUUACCCGUCUAUAUUUUUGCACAUUAAACAAAUCUAGUAAAUGAUAACCGGUAGCAGCGGCAGCGGAUAGAUCACAUAUGUUAUGACAUCCGAUCAUUAAUGAAUAAAGCACA